CACUGCAUUGUGCCGUCUCUAGUUGUUGAGUCAAUUCAUUUGUUAUGGUCGCAUUUGAGUAAAAUAAGGCCAUGAAGGGCGGCACGUUUCGCAAUACGCAAUGGGAUCCCACGCUCCUGAUUUCGCAGAUCCUGUCGAUGCAGUUCUGCGUGUACUUCACUCUGGGUCUACUGGUGUUCGUGGCCAACAAGUUCUCCGGGGACAACUACAGUCUGGAUCACUUAUUCGAGUACCAUGAGAUACACAUAUACGACCUUGGCGGACGACUCGUCAUCUGCGCCUUUGUGCUGAAUGCGUUCCUGGCCUCCACGGCUUUGUGGUGCAUCGUUAGGCGGGCCAAGCUCUGUCUCGACUUUAGCUGCACCUUCCACAUCCUGCACUUGGUCAUAUGCUGGUGGUACAACCGCUCGUUUCCCGCCAACGCGUCCUGGUGGCUGCUCAACGUCAUUACCGGCACGAUAAUGUGCAUAGGCGGCGAGUUCCUCUGCCUGCAAACCGAAAUGAAGGAGAUCCCUGUGGGCUAUGCUGCUCUCAACCAAAAGUCGGACGUCUGAACCAAAAGCCUUGCGAUGACAACCAUUUUCUCUGUACAUUUAUUGUUAAACUAGCAUAAGAUUACAUAGCGUAUACACGA